AUGGCGGCCUCCACACUCUCAGCCGGCGGGAUGAUCGAUCCGUCCAAACAAGCCGAGUACCCCAUCAUUCUGGGCGAGCGACUGGCAAGAAAGACCGACAAAUCUCGCUCGCAGUUGGUAAACAUCCAAUACAACUAUAAGACCAAGGCGGCGGCUUCACAGCAACGAUCUACUAUCACCAAAUCCCCACACUCACGGGACCACUUCAACCUGACGGUUACCGAUAAAGCUCCGAGUGCCGAACAGAAUGUCUUGACCUACUCCUACCAGGGCAGCGUUGAUCCAGCACAGAGCGCCUCUGACGCACAAGCUCAUAAUCUAGUUCUUAUAUUCGACGCGACAAGGAAGGCGUUCGUGCUGGAACCGGUUGCUACGCAGCUCAACUUCAACCUUCGUUCGGCCCCGGCGAAGACGCAGAAGCAGGUGAUUCAGCAGUAUCCCCAACUUAGGACCUUACAGGAUGAACACGCUUCUGGAGAUGAUCGCGGAUCCGACCAGGCCAGCGGAAAUGAUGACGGGCCGGCGGACGAAGAUAAUCCUUACGACUACCGACAUUUCCUUGCCAAAGACAAAGAUAAUCUGGACGACGAUAAGUUGGCCUCGGGAAAUGCGACCCCAGAACCGUCUACUAGCACGAGCAAAGCGGCAACACCACUGAUCACUGCGACUAAGCCUGCUCCUAGUCCUCGACCUCGCUCAAAACCCCAGACGAACCCUCUUCGCCAAAAGAAGCCAGCACCUGAUACCCCGCGAUCGAGCAAGGCGGCCCCUGCGAAAUCCAAAUCGAAACCGCAAUCCCCUAUUAGAGUGAUAGAAAGACAGAAAGACAACAGUAAGGAGGCAAGAAGGGUGGAGCAUGAAGAUGUUGAAGAGAUUGUUUUUGAGUCGUCCAAAUCCUCGCCUUCGGAAACAGGUACUGGCGCAGUAUCAUCGCAAAAGACCGUCCCGUCGCCUGGCUCUAACAUCAUCAUUGACGGAGAUUUGAUUAUCGAUAUGGGAUCACCACCUCCAGCUCGCCCGUUCAGAGUGAAUCCCGCUCAUUUCUCGUCCAAUAAUACACCCUCGAAUAACGAAGAUGAUGAAGACGGCGGAGAUGGUUAUGAGGAUAUUGAGGAUCUGCGACUCCCAUCACCGGUCCCCACAACUCAGAGGUCCGCACCUAUCCCGAACAUCCAGGUCGAGGGCGAGGACGCUGGACCCGAAGCGGAGGAGGCGGAAGAUGAAGACGACUUGUUGGCUGCAGAGAUGGAAGCAGCGUUUGAAGAAGAAGCGCGGAGUCAACAGUCCCAGACGCACAUUUCGUCGCAUCAAUAUGUUCCAAGUGAGGACGAGAGUGAGGUCAGCGAGGAAGAAUGA